AAGCUCCCGAGGGUGGACGUCCAGCCAGCACCUCCAUCUACCUCCAUCUACUCCGUACAUCCACAGCCACCACCACCUCAUCCUCUCGCCGUCACCGUCCCCAUUCGCCCUGUUCUGUCGUUGGACCAUCUUUACGACAACCAGACAGGCCAUCAUCAAACAUUCGUGCUCCCACUCCCACGAGAGCCACCAGCCGAACCCUCCACUGCCGACCCCCGCCGCCCCGAACCAUCACCCUUCCUCUCUCAUCUAACCACCCAGCCGCCAUGGACCACCGCCCACAGGCCUGGGGCCGCCCCCGUGACGACGUCUACGGCCCCUACGACCACAGUUACCUCAACAACUCGGCCCCCAAGACCCACACGCAGUCGCCCGCUGUGACGGGGACCUCGGUGCUGGGCCUCAAGUUCAAGGAUGGCGUUGUUCUGGCGGCAGACAACCUGGCGUCGUACGGCUCGCUGGCGCGCUUCAGCGACAUCAAGCGGCUGCGGCCCUUCGCAGGCACCUCGGUCGUCGGCUUCUCGGGCGACGUCAGCGACAUGCAGUACCUGGAUCGGCACCUCGGCGAGCUGGAGAUCGAUGAGGCCUACGGCGGCAGUGGUGCCACCACCUCCGGCGACGCCGCCCCCGGUGCAGACCCGGCCACUGACGAGAACCACCCGCUGUCCGGCCUGUCAGCCGAGAACCUGCACAAGUAUCUCGCCAAGCUCUUCUACCACCGUCGCAACAAGUUUGACCCCCUGUGGAACCAGGUCCUGGUCGCCGGCUUCAGCGGCGCUACGGGCAAGCCCUUCCUGGCCGCCGCAGACCUGCGCGGAACCGUCUUCUCCUCGCCCUCGCUCGCCACCGGCUUCGGCUCCAUGCUCGCCCAGCCCAUCAUGCGCAAAUACGCCGCCACCGAGGAGGACGCCGCAAAGCUGACUCGAGAGCAGGCCGUCCAGGUCAUCCGCGACUGCAUGAAGGUCCUCUACUACCGCGACGCCCGCUCCUGGGACGGCUACUCGCUCGCGGUCGUCACCCGCGACGGCGUCGACGUCAGCUACGACGAGAAGCUCGAGAACCAGAGCUGGGCUUUUGCCGACCGAAUCAAGGGGUACGGCACCCAGGAUGUGUAGUUGUGGUCGGCUUGGUAUGGCCAGUGGCGAGGGUGGUGGAUGGUGGUAUCGUUAGUGCUGCUACGGUCGGCGGAUGGGCAAUAGAGGUCUGCUCUAGUGUAUGUCUAGACUUAUCCCAGGCGAAAUGAAAGCAUACUCGGAUGAUUCAUGAGAGAUUCAACAGAUCUAAAUGGAGGUUACAAGACAGACUGGAGGCCGUCUGCCAACGCCUGGUUGUACACAACUAGUGGCCUGGCCGGGCCGGGGAAACCGAAUGCAUCAUGAGUGCUCGUCGCCGCGCACGUCGCCGAUGCCGUCUACCUCUACCUCGCCUCCUUGACUUGUCUUGCAGUAUCGCGUCCAUACGUCAGGGCUACUGAACAACCAUUGUAAAAAAAAUAGUUGAUUAAACAUGUGAAUAGAAGGCCGAAAACCCCGCACUCCACCGGCAUUAAGUUAAAAUACAUGUAUGAACAGACAAGCUACGCUGGCAAAGCUUUCGCAGGGUUGUGCUCAAUCAAGAUCAAUGACGGUCACUGGCAGAGUUUGACGCUUAUUAAGGCAAAAAUGGCACGGUCACCAAACCUUGUGUGGUAUCCUCGCUCUGCAAGGCUUGUUUGGUCUAACUGGAACCUUCUCAAUUUG